ACGCCAAAUCACACCAUUCAUUCAUUUCCUUCCUUUUUCUUUAUCAUACUCUCUCUCUCUCUCUCUCCAUUCCUAAAAUCCAUCAUUACUAAUUAUCAACACACAUAUGGGUGCUUGUGUUUCUACCCAAAACCAGAACCAGAACCAGAACCAGAAUCCAAUGAAGCUAUUUGGAUCUAAUCUUCUCUCGCCCACUCAACAAAAACCUCCCAUCAUCAAUGCCAAUGCCUCCCAUCCACCCCUUUCUUUUCAAGAUUUCGGUAGUAAAGAGGACACAUUUUUCGACUCACAAGCAUGGUUAGAGUCAGAUUGUGAUGAUGAUUUCAUGAGCGUAAAUGGUGAAUUUACCCCAUCAAGAGGUACCACUCCGGUCCAUCAUAACUUCUCUGUAGGUAACAAGCAACAGCCUCUUGUUUCCCCAUAUCCAAAUACCCCUGAAAAGAAACCAAGACUUUCUGAUCUUUUCAAAGAAAGCCUAAGGGCAGACAAUUAUGAUUUAGAAGAUGAGAAUGAAGAUGGUGAGACGAAGUCAAAUGUUAGUAACGGUGUGAAGACGAAGAGGGAAAGGUUGGGUUGCUUUCGGAGCUUGGUUCCUAGUCGGAGCUCGUCAACAAAUGGAAGGAAGAUGAUGAUGAUGAGUCCAAAUCUAACAAGCCCAAACCCAAAAUCAGUUGUGGAGUGAUGAAGCCAAGUUGAAUGUCCAAAUCCAAAUGUAUAGUAAUUAAGAAAUGAAUAUGCAUGUAAAGCUAAUUUCAGUUGAUAAAUUGAAAAUGUAAGAGCAAGUAUAUGUUUUACGUAAUUUCCAGUGGAAAUAUACAUAUUUGAAGAUUUUUGGUCAUUGAUGUUGAACAAUAAU